UGCACAGCUGAAUGCAUGCCAGUUUUCUGUUUUGAGUGUAUUUUUACUUAUUUAUUUAUUUCAUUUGGUCUGCCAAGUUCAGUUCCAGAUUUUGAACGGAGGUAAGUUACUGAUUUUAUUUUCAUGAGAAUACUAGAAGUGCUGCAACAUGGUACUUUGGCGGUUAUUAAUUGGUGCAUGUAUACAUAAACAUGGGAAGCACGGGUAAAUCUGUAUUAUUGUGUGUGAGAGCACUAAGGAUCUCUGAGAAUGUGUGACACUUGGGUUCCAUAGCUUUUUUUUUUUUUUUUAAGUACUUUUAGUGGUUGAAAAUUAUAAAACUAGUGCAAAAAUACAUGCAUGGGUCAUCUCUGUACAGCCUGGGGACAAUAGGCUUUGGCAGCUGAAAUAGAUGCUGCCCAGUACAGUAACUCCCACUAAUCUCAGGAGCAAGUAUGUCCCUUUAGUUCUAACCUAGGCUCUAUAUACUAACUUAACACACUACAGUAACACAAUCACUAGAAAUAAAUUCCUGCAUUCCUUAACACUUAUAUUAACACUAGCCCUAAACACCAUCACCAGGCCCAUACAGCUCUACACAUCUUAACAGCGAUAUUCAAUAAAUACCGGAUUUCGGUAAAGUGAAAUCCAAAUGGCAAAAUUGAAGUUAAAUAGCUGAUUUGGGGGGGGGGUCACCAGAAUAAGUACAGCUUAAUAUAGUGGUUCUGUUGUGUAUAGUAUGUACCUGCAGGGUUUUAAAUAUAAUAAGAGAAAAGGCAGUGUUUACAUUACUGCCUAGUAAUACCUCUAGUGGCAGUCACUCACACGGCCACUAGAGUUGCUUCCUGAAUCAAUGUUGCACAAUAUGCAGCACUGAAAUUCAGCGUCUCCACACUCUGCAUGGAAUGUUUCCCAUAGAGAUGCAUUGAUUCAAUACAUCUCUAUGAGGAGAUGCUGAUUGGCUCAGCUUGGUGUUUUGCCGCACAUGUGCAUUAGCAUUAGAUUAGCUGAGAUAAUCAAAAUUGAUGAUCUCAAUCAAGGCGGCUGGGUGUGCGCGGGACCAGGCACUAGGAGACCCGUGCGGUGCUGGCAAUCAGUAAAGCUACUACCUAUUUCACAGGGGGUCAAGGAGGACCUGCCACCUAAAUACUGAUUUCUCAACUAUAGUGUCAGGAAUACACAUUUGUUUUAAAUGCUCAAUUUAUGUUUUUAAUGGGACUUAUUUACUAAAUUAGGAAUAGUGGCAAAUUAAAAACUGAAUUGCAGAGUUCAAGGUUUUUUUUUCUAGUUCAGCUAUUUUGACCUAAAAUUUGCUAUUUGAUUUCAAUUCACAGUUUAGCAAAUAAACAGCAUUUAACUAUGCAGUAGAACUGUAUUUUGUUGUUGUUAUUAUUGUAAAUAGUUCUUUGAAUGAACACAGUUUUGACCGUACAUUGUCAUUUCAGUAGCUAACACAAUGCCCUUGGUGAAAUCUCCAAAGAAGGCUGAACCUCCUUGGAAGGAAUGGGACCACAAAGCACAGAAAUCUGGCUUAAGACAUUCCGUGUACAGUGUAAAUGGUGAUGAAUAUUCAGGGGAAUGGUUUAAUAAUUUAAAGCACGGUGAGUCAGGCGGCUACAGUUAUAAAUGUCAGAUCCCAGUGAUAUUAGAACAGACAGUGUUUCUAGGUUUGUCUCAUAUUCUCCAUUCUAUAGGAUUAGUAUAAAAUAGGAACAACUCGAUUGCUACUUAGGAUGCCAAUCUUAAAGGAACACUCCUUUCCCUAUUUAUAAGAUAAAUAAAUCUCUGCUUAGUAGAUAUACCCUCCCUGCCCCCUCCCACCACCCCAAUGAAAGCAUGCAUGCAUUCAGUUGUGCAAUUUUAACUGGAGGUUUAUCUAUAAACAUUUUUCAAAAGCUGCAGGUCUCUUAUCUGUAGCCUUUGCUAGCCCUGUCCUUUUUUUUCCAGCCCAGACCUUCGGUUUGUGCUGGGGAAUACUUCAAUCCGAGGCUUCUCCUUGAGAGCAUGAACGGACACAUGAUUACAGCUUUUUAAUGCUUCUCAAUGUGUUGUAAUACAGCUCAUUGAGAAGGCAGAACAUCUGCCAUUUCCGUUAGCUCUGUGCAGGUAACAGAAGUAGAAGAACAUCUCAUAGCUUUCUGAUUGACAUCCAGUGAGGUGUUUCUGAACACAAAAGUGUCAAUUUCUAUUGAAACGUGCACUUUUAUAAACUUUCACAAAUGUAACAGGCUCCAGACACAUAAAGCACUAGAGUGUGUGGAGUGUUCCUUUAAGGGAGCAAAUUUUAAGCCUAUAUAAGACACAAAAUGCAUGGCAUGGUAAUCAAACAGUGCCACCCAGGCUUGCCAAGGACAUUAAAAAAUAUCCUGUUUGAAACCUAGAUGUUUUUGCUUUCCAUUCUGAAUUGACAUUUUGGCAUUAUUUGAAAUUAUCAUCUAGGCAAAGGUACAUAUACAUGGAAGAGGACACAUUCUGAAUAUGAAGGUGAAUGGGAAUGCGGGAGAAGAAGUGGCUUUGGGACAUUCAGUGUGCAAGACCCUACCACUGGGGUGUAUGUUAAGGUGUAUUCCGGAUCCUGGAAAAACGACAAAAAACAUGUAUGAUUUUCGCUUGUUUUUUUGUUUUACAUUUCUUUUACUAUAAUACAUAAUAAAAUAAGAUAAGGAUAAAAUAGUUAUGAUCCCAGAGAAGAUCACGUUAGUCUUUGAAGACUCUUACAACCUUGCAUGCCGUCCCUCUGCAGAUUUGAUUUCAGAGUUUUUGGGGAGGUACAACAUCCCAAAGUUUACACAGGACCAACUAAGUUAUUUUAAUACCCCUAUAGUGGAAAAUGAAAUAAGGAAGCAAUAGGAAAACUGAGUUUCUUUGAUUUUACCAAUGGAUUUUACAUAAUAAUGAAGGAUGACAUUAAGUCGGAUCUUAUAAAAUAUUUUAAUGAUUUCAGUACAUCUAAAAAUACACCUGGUAAAAUGUUAUAGACUAACAUAGUCCCCAUACUCAAACAAGAUAAAGCUUCUGAGAAUGUAGCAAGCUGUCGGCUAAUCGUCUUAUUGAAUGUAGAUAUUAAACUUUAUUGCUCAAUAUAGGCCGAAAGAUUAAACCAAGUUAUCAUCAGUAUUAUACACUCAGACCAGGUAUGAUAUCUCCCUAGAAGAUCAUCCCAGACUGAUUGACAUGGUAGAUGCAGUCCAAAUAAGAGUUUCCCCUUCUGACUCUCUCAUUAGAUGCCAAAAAGACCUUCAACAGGGUUGGGUGGUGGUACCUCAAACAGACUUUGCUUGCUCUUGGUUUUGAGGGUAGGAUUUUGGAUGCCAUUAUGGCUUUAUAUGCCACACCAAUGGCUAGUGAUGGUGGGGAAUGGGUUCAUCUCUGGAAGGGUCCGUCUUAACAAUGGAACCAGUCAGGAUAGCCCAUUGCACUGAUUACGUUAUGUAAACUUACUUGAACCCUUUGACAUUAGAGGUAAUGUUAACAUCAGAGGAUAUGAGACCUCCUGACAAAGCUCCAAGAUCAAUCUCUAUGUCAAUGAUGUCAUCUUGACGUUACAAAGCCCUAAUGACUCACUCAUAGAAGUGAUAGCAGUCAAUGAUUUCUCGAUAGUGUCGGGCUAUAAAUUACAACUAGAUAAAUUGGUGGCAUUAGCAAGUAACAUUUCUAAAGAGAAAAUAAAAGAUUCUUAGUACGAGAUUUGACUUUGAUUGGGAUACUAAAUUUAUCAAUUAUUUAAGAAUUAGAAUUAGUGCAAACUUCACUAACCUGGUAGAACUGAAUUUGUUGCCUCUAUUGACUCAGUAGAGUCAAUAGACAGCUCAAAGAAUGGAAGUGUAUGGAAGUGUCCUACUGGGGUAAAGUGAGUAUCCUUACAUCAUACAUGCUGUCAGUCAAUGAGCUGUCCCUCCCUGCAUGAUUUAGCUAAGGAGGGCAACACAGAGGAACUUCUGGUUCUCAAUGGAGGAAAUGACGUGGGUUACUCACUAAUUUUUCUGGAUAAAAUUUUAAACUUGGUUCAUGGCCAGAGACCUGUGCUGUACUUAUUAUACAUGUUGAACUUUUUAUGUUAGACCAUGCUACUACCAUACUCGCUGCAUGAAUAUUUUUGGAUAUGCAUUAGGCUAUGCUUAAAUAAUUUUUUUUUUUUAAAGUUGGGAACAGGCACUUUAGACUACUGGCUCUGAAACUGUGGUAUGUGGGAUAUUAGUGGUAUCCCCAGACCUUUCACAGUGGUUUUCAGGCUGAUGCAAAAUUAUAUAAUGGGUAUGUUAGAGAAAAAUAAUGCUGGGGCGUGAAAAUGAGUGAAUACGUUCUUCCAUAGCAUACGCAGUGUAAUCCAAAUUUUGAAAAUAGUCUUAUAUUCAUAAGAAUGAAGCAUCCUUUUCUUAACAUUGGACCUUAUGUGUGUAUAUAUUUAUUUAUUUAUUUAUUAUUAGCAUUUAUACAGCUCCAACAUAUUCUGCAGCACUUUACAAUUAUAGGAUGGGGAUAUUUGACAACAAGAAAUUUAUAUACAGUAUAGUAACAAAGACGAGAUGAAGAAGGCCCUGUUCAUACGAGAUUACAAUCAGUGAGGAAAGGGUAAAACAAUACCAGAAGAAGAAAAGCAUGACAGAGAGGAAGAGGUUGGAAUAAAAUACCUGUGUGUUAAAGGUAAAUAAAUUAGUAAAUAUGGUGUGUGGAAGAACUAAAGUGUGGAGAGAGAGUGAGCUGGGCUAAGGAUGAGAGGGAACUAAGGAGGCCAAUUGUAAUGUGUGGAGCAUCACCCAGGAAGAGAGCAAGCCGCCCUACAUAGGUUUGCUAUCAGUGACUUCUUAAAGGACUAAUGACAUGGAUAAGGUAAGGUAUUCUAAAGGAAUCAUUGAUCAUUGGAAAUAGCAGCUUUGCUUGCUGUGCCAGGGUUGAAGGCAUUUAGAAUGAGCUUUAAUUGGUGCAUUAGAACAGUACAGGCAGAAUUGUAGUAUAAUGGAGCUUCAGAGGUACUUGAGAGGAGGAAGUAGAAAUUGGAGAGAUGAAGAGAAGUGACAUGGAUCAAACAAGCUUUAGAUUUUGAAUAGCGAGAGAUGAGCUAUAUUUAAAGGGACACUAUAGUCACCAGAACAGCUGUUCUUGUGAGCAGUGGUGUAUCCUGGUUUUGUGCUGCCCUAGGCAGGACAAAACUCAGGCGCCCCCCUCCCCCCGCGCCACCCCCACCUUCUAAAUACACACACACACACAGUCAGACACAAACACACACACAGACACACACACAGUCAGACACAAACACACACACAGUCAGAAACAAACACACACACAGUCAGACACAAACACACACACAGUCAGACACACACACACAAUCACUCACAUUAACACUUUUUUUUAUUAUUACUAUUAUUUAACCCCCCCCCAGCCUCCUUACCUUUGGGAAUGCUGGGGGGAGGGGUCCCUUUCUCCCUGGGGGUGCAGUGGCUGGCGGGCGGGCGGGCGGCUGGCAAGGGAGCUCUUCCUCUGAGCAGUCUGCUCAGCUCCCUCGCGCGCUGCAGAGUGAGGCUGGGAGCCGGGUUGAUGACGUCAUAUUCCGGCUCCCAGCCUCACUCUGCGGCGCACGAGGGAGCUGAGCAGACAGUUCAGAGGAAGAGCUCCCUCGCCAGCCGCCAGCCCAGCGCCCAGCAUGUCAGUUAGCCGCGAGGCUAACUAGGCAUUUGCCCUGGGCAUUUGGAGGGCGGCAUUUUUUGUGAAUCUAAGGUGAAUUUCAAAUUUAAAGCCAGUUUAGCUAAGUCUGAAAUUCACUUUGAAUUCUCGACCAUUCUUCUAGACCUUGUUUUUAUUUUCAUUAGCAUUUGUAAUUGAGCUUAAAGGGCACCUGUGAUGCACCAAACAACUUAUGCUUAUUAAAUUGAGCAUAAGAUUUUAUCAACACAUUGCGCAAGUAGUUUGGCUAACAAAUGUAAGGAUUUUAAGAAAAACCUAUUUAAAAAAGUUUUAUUUUCUCCCAGUUGUCAUUCAAUGCCUCAGCAUCCCACAUGAGGUCCCACUGCUCACCUCUGAUGCGCUGUGGUUGCUAUGGAAACUCCCUAGCCAUCACUAUUGGCAGCAAGCCAGGGUGCCAACAUCACUGACAAGAUUUGCCCUGUUUGGGUAUGCGUCCCGUGCAGGACAAAUCAAAUAAGAACAGGGACGAAGCAAAGGACAGCCAGGAAGAGUAACACCUAUGAAGCUUCAGUAGAACAGAGGAAAAUUGAGUGAACAUAUUUUACAUUGAAUACACCAUGUAUCUUUAUGAUUUAUGGUGUAUUCGAUGUAUAGGGGGACAACGUACUAUAAUGGACAAUUAUACAUUAUAGUUUCAAUUUAUUCACUUUCUUUUGCACUAUCCGAGGUCCAGUAAGGAUAGGAAGAGUCAGUUGCAGUUACAAAAGAUGAAGACACCAAAUCCAUAUUAGAAUGUAAUAAAUGUUUUAAUUACUUUUAUGUUUUUCUUCGUUUGCAUUUUCUUACAGGGAUAUGGAACUAAGUUUUACUCAGACAAGGAAUAUUAUGAAGGAGAUUGGAAAGAUGGAAAACGAAGUGGCUGGGGUAGAAUGUACUUUGCAAAUGGUGAUAUCUAUGAAGGAGAAUGGCUAGAAGAUAAACAUAAUGGACAGGGAAUGCUCCGAUUAGGUACUUGCCACAUAAUAAUCUAUACCGGUUUGUCUUGUUACAACCGUAAUAUCUCUGUCUACCUAUUGUAGCUCAUUUACCUUCACUCUGUUUUUUGUUUUGUUUUUCUCCAACCUCCAAAUUGUAGUGAAUAUAAAAUCUGAAUUUUGGCAAAAUUAGCUGAUUUGUAAAUAUUCUCCAAGUCACUAUAGUCUCAGCUUGGCUAUUUUCAUUUCAAUUAGGCAUUUAGAUUUCAGUUCUCUACAAAUCGGAGUUUAGUGAGUAAUCCUGUCUGUUCCAAUCUCCCCUAAGGUUUAACACACUUCGUCCCAGGUUUUUUUUACUUAUGUACCUGUUGAGCCUUUAUCUCUUAUUUUCUGGAUGUUUUUCCUCUCUGUCAUGUUCUUUCCUACAGAGCGUUUAAAGGAGCAGUCCAGUAAUAUAAAUUAUCACAUUUAUUUAUAUGCUGGAGUGUUGUUUAUUGUUCUGGAACCCCAUUUCCCCAGAAAUCUGUUAGAGAGUUAACUUACCUCUAAUCCAGUGGUAAAAGAGUCCCUCGCUGCAACUCUGUUCCACCUGCCAGAAGAUCAUCAGUGCACAUGGAAUCGAAAUGAAAUGUAAUUUAGAUGUCUCAAUGUCUCGUGUGAGUAUGUGUCCAGUAUGCAUUAUAAAUGGAGGAUGGCAUCUAUAUGAGACACUGAUUUUCAGGUUGUUGCUGUAUGUCAGAGUCUCUCAACGUGUGCUGUGUGUAUACUGUGACAUAGUGGAACAGCAGUUUUAUUUCACAUUAUUAGUAAAAAUAGUAAUACGAGUGAUUCUUUUUUAAAAAAAGUUAAUGUUCCUUUAAAGAUGACUUAGCCCAAAAAAACUGUAUUAGUGGCAGUUAGUUUGAAAAUAAUAAAACCACUGUUAAAUGUGACGUGAUGUAGGUCUUAUAAUGGGCUCUAUUUGCUAGUAAUUAUAUGGGUGUUAUGGAGUUGUUGAUGUUUUUUGGGUGCUGAUUCGCAUGUGUUUGUUAGAUUCCACAAGAGUGUUCGUGACUGACAGAUGUGACUUGUUUGCUGGAUUUAUUGUUGUUUCUUUUCUUCAGUUGAUGCAUUUGGAUGUUACAGUCCCUUUGCCAACCUUGGUUUCUAAAUGUUUAGCUGGACUCGGUGUGUUUGUAUAUGCCUUGUAUUGUCUCAUUCUGUUGUGCUUGAGAUUAUAUGUAUAUUUCCUAUGUAGACAGAUUCAUUUCAGUUCGAGAGUGUUCACCGGGUGUUUAAGCAAUUCUCACUGUUGUUAACAGUGCUAUAUUUUAGUUACAUUGUCAUUCAAAACAAACAAGCCUGUCUGCUUCAUAUAAGGAGAGAUGGUUUAAUUUUAAAGAAGACAUGCAGAGGUGGAGUUGAGUCACCGUAUGUAAUGCAAAUUCAUAAACAUACAAAGAAACUCACAUUUUAAGUUAUGCAUUCAUCUGAUUUGCAAGCUGUGCAAUGGGUCUUCGCUGGAUAAAGAAGUAGUUGAAACCUCUCAGUCCAUGCUAUUUUUAUUGGUAGUGCAGCCUGGGCAUGUUUUGAUCACUGUGGCCCAUUGAGAAGGGGGUGGGGGGCUAGAGAAGGGGGGUUCUGUCAUCACCAAUGACAAGCAUGCCCUCUUUGAAAGUGAGCAUGUUAGUUCAAUGCCCUUCCAGGGUAGCUCAUGCAUGAGCCCUGCUGAAGAGCUCUUGCAUGAGAAAGAGGCACCGUAUUUGUUCUGCCCAGUGCAAGCAAAUGUAUUAAUAUGCUUGCACUGUGUUUGCUUGUGGCUUGUCUCUGAUGUCUCCAUAACUGGGGUACCAGAGGAUAAAAGGACCAGAAAAGUGUAUUUUGCAUGUGUUUGGGAGGAUUGCAUGUGUGUAGAGUGAGCUGAUUGUGGUGUGGUGUUUUGUGUAAAUACCUUUUGUUGUGGUGUAUCAUUUGUGGCUAGGAGCUGUAGAGAAUGAGAGACUGUAUGUGUAUAGGAGGCAUAAUGUGUAUAGGGGAUGCAGUGAGUGUGUGCAUAGGGGCUGUUGUGUAGGUGUGUGUAUAGGUGAUGUAGUGUAUGUAGGGGUUGUAGUGAGUGUGUGUUUAAGGAAUGUAGUGUGUGUUUUCUUACAGGGGAUCCAGAGUGUGUAUGUCAGAAAUGUAAUGUGUGUAUGAGUGUGUGUCUGUGUGUGUGUGUGAGUGUUUGUCAAAUCAGUGAGAGUCUGUUUGUCAUUGAGUGUGUGUGUGUCAAAUCAGUGAGUUUGUGUCUAUCAGUGACGUCUGUGUGUGUGUGACGGUCAGUGUGCAUCUGCCAGUAUGUGUCAGUGAGUGAAUGUGUGUGUGUCAAAUCAGUGAGUCUGUGUCUGUCAGUGACGUCCGUGUGUUUGUGUGUGUGUGUCUGUCUGAGUGUGUGCUCAAAGAGACACUAUAGACACCCAGACCACUUCUCGUUGAAGUGGUCUGGGUGCAGUGUCCCAGUCGCCUUAACCCCGUAAGUGUAAUUAUUGCAGUUUUCCAGAAACUGCAAUAACUAUCUUAAGCGGUUAACUCCACCUCCACCUCUUGUCUACCUGUCGCCUGACUGAUGCUGGACGUCCUCACGCUGUACAUGAGGACAUCCUGCGUCUGCUAAAUCCCCAUAGGAAAGAAUUGAUACAAUGCUUUCCUGUGGGGAAGCCUAAUACAAGCGUGGAGGAGGAGCCUGACCCAGCGUCGAGUGACACCAGCUCUGGAUUCAGGUAAGUGACUGAAGGGCUAUUAUCCCCUUCAGUGCCGAGUGGCACUGUUUUCCUGGCACUAUAGUAUCCCUUUAAAAUGAGUAGAAAAAGGUGGAGUCUAAAGAGGAAGGGGUGGGUUCUUAAUCAGGAAGAGGUGUGGCCUUGACAGGAAGUGACAGGGCAAAUUUAGAUUAGGGUGGUGCCCAGGUUUAGUCAUGUCAAGAGCAGCACAAAACCAAAAUACACCACUUCCCUCAGCCAUAAGGCUAUUGUUCUCCACACAACAAGUGUGAAAAGGUUUACAAAUAUAUAAACCUUGUGACCUCAAAGGGGAGGCGUUCAAGGACUCACAGGACAUUUAAAAGACAAAGCAUUCCCAGACUUCAUCACAGCUAAUCAAGGAAGGUCAUGGAAUAGCGAAACGCGUUUCGGCAGAUCUGGACUUUAUUUGGAUUUUUACUUUAUUUUUAUAUUAUAUGUGUUUUUAUUUGUAACCUAAUAAAUGUAAAAGUUAUUUUAAACCAACUCAUUGAAGCCUUGAGGAACUUUCAUUGGGGAAGUGCUGUCCCCAGAAAGUGGCACCUUGCUGACUACCCUCAGAGCCAGGAAUUUUUUUUUUUUUGUAAAUAUAUUUUUAUUGGCAUAUUUCGUGCACACAAAGAAAAAGGCAGAGCAUUGAGACUCGCAGGUCUCCGUUAUUGUCUUGCGGUGUGCUUACAGGGCAAAUGACAGCACAUUGAGACUCGCAGGUCUCCAUUAAUUUAACCAUGAAUAUAGAACUGUGAAAAAUGACAAACAUGUUGACUGGUCCAUUUUUGUGUCUUGCUCUUCAGCAUUUACACUCUUUCUUAUAUAUUUUUAUACAGUUGCAUGUUCUAUUGGGCUCGUAUGCCCGCGAUUACGUCAGUCCCACAAGUCCCUUGUGAAUAUUGCGUGUGUGUGUAUGUCUCCGUUACUCGUGCCUGUUUGUGAGAGUGUCGCGUGACAGCCCGGGUCCUAUGGUCUGCCUCUCUCACCCCCUCCCCUCUUCGGGGUGCCCUAUUUAGUUGAGGUGGUCUCCUCGUCUAUGUGACAGGGCCUCCCUUGUCCUUUUGGGUGUUUGUCGGGCCUUCUAGUGUCGGUUAGCCCCUGGUGCCGGAGGUAGACCCGCCCCUGUGUGGCUGUCUUCCCCGCUCCUCACUGGGUUUGUAGCCUCCAGCAGCUAACUGUGUGGUGGUAGUUAUGUCUUGUUAGUAAAUUCGGGGUCUGUUGUCUUCAGGAUCCAAUGUGUCCAAGUGUUGAGGUACACUUGGAAUGUAUCGUGAGCUUUGUGGUGAAGUUCCUCUAGGGAUCUCAAUUCUUCCAUUUGCGUAAACCAAACUCUCACAGGGGGGGUGACCCGUGUUUUCCAAUACUGUGGUAUGAUCAUUUUGGCCGUGUUCAGUAUGCGAAUAGUGAGUGAUCUCUUAUAAGCUGUUCGUGGGGUUUUAGUGUGGUGUAAGAGCAUGACUGCUGGGUCGAAUGGGACUGGGUCGUCUGUAAACUUUGCCAAUAUUUUGUGAAUCUCAGACCAGAAUGGGGCUAUCUGUUUGCACGCCCACCAAAUGUGUAAGAGUGUGCCUCUGUCCUCCCCGCAUCUCCAGCACUGUGGGGGGUGGGAUGGAAUUCAGGCAUGUAGUGACUCAGGAGUGUGGUACCAGUGUGUCAGUAGUUUAUAUGCCGUUUCCUGUGUCUUGCUGUAGCUAGAGCAGUGAUGCGUUAAAUAGCAGAUUUUCUCCCAUUCCACUUUGUCAAAGGUCUGGCCCAGUGCCGACUCCCACUUCCCCAUGAACCGUGGUUGGGCAAUUGGUGUGAGUGUUAUUAGUAGGGUGUAUAGUGCCGAUACCCCAUGUGCUAGUGGGUUGGGUUCCAAGCAUAGAUUCUUGAAGGGAGUGGUGGCCCUAUGUAGUGCCGGUCCCUGCGGGAGGGAUGUAAUGUAACUCCGGAUCUGUUUGUAUUUGAGGCGUAUCAGGAAAGUGUGUUCUUCGUUCCCCCUCAGAUCCUUGAGUGUCAGAGCCAGGAAUUUAAGGCUCUUAAAAAGGUGAGCGCAAUACUUACCAUAGGUGUACUACCUGCAUUCUGUAUAGUAUCGCCAGGGGAGGGCUGGCAGCCUUAGGCCUGGGGGGCAAAACCAGUCAAGUGGCCCAUUGCACCACCAAAUCAGUUCACCAUCCAUGCCCACCUUUUCCUGGUUUUAUAACGGAUAUUGAUGUUAUGCUAAUCAGUAGCUCUUUGCCAUACCCGCUCCUUCACGGCUCCAGGCACUGCUUGUUGUGAGUGUGAGCCACUGUAAAUUAGGGGCAGAGGGCACUUGCACUGCGGUAAAGAUGGGGCUGGACAGGAGGAGAGUGCAGUGCAAUCAGUGCACUCCCCUCCUGUGGGUCACCAGUAGACUGGUGCACCUGCCCAGGAUCAGUGCCGGUGCAAGGAUUUUUGCCGCCCUAGACAAAAUAAAAAUUUGCUGCCCCCCCAUGUGACAUCACAAUGCCCCACCCAUAUGAACUAACGCCAGUGCUGCACACAGUGUGUGUUUACAUUAAAAAGCCUGCAGGGACCAGCUAUAGACACCAGAACCACUUCAUUAAGCUAUAGUGUCCCUUUAAUGUGAGGUACAUUAUAGAUUAGUGUCACUAAUAAUAUACUAGAUUGCCUACUUACAAGCAGAUGAGGAUGAUGAUGGGCUGCAGUUUGGCUCCACUGGUCUGGUGUAGAACAGGAUCUCUGGAGGCUGUUUGCAGCUGUGGUCACAAAAUUCAAUGUUCUGGGAGAAUUGGAAGCAGCUCCAUUUUUUGGGGCCCCUUACACAGCUCAAGGUCUGGGCCCCAGGGCCUGACGGUGAGUAUGCCCAUAAGGCCCACUCAUAAGUUCCACCCACCCAUGAGUUCGCUCACAGGGAGUGGAGUGUGUAGGGGAUGUGUUAUGUGUUAUUGUAGAGGAUCUAAUAUGUGUGCUUAUGGUAUGUAGUGUAUAGGGUUACCAGUUUGUGCAGGUGAUGUAGUGUGUUUGUGUGUAGUGGAAGCAGUGUGUAUUUGUGUAUAAGGGAUGUAUUAUGUGUUUCUGGUUGUGUGUAAGGGAUGCAUUGUGUGAAUCUGUGUUUGUAUGCAUAAGGGUUGCAAGGUGUGUGUCUGUAUGUGUGUGCAUUGAGUGUAAGAGAUGCAUUGUGUUUCUGUGUGUAUGUAAGAAAAGAAGUGUGUGUGUUUGCAUAUGUGUGUACGGGUUUGCAUUGUCUGUUUCUGUGUAUGUGUGCAAAGGAUGCAUUGUCUUUGUGUGUAAGGGUUGCAUUGUGUGUGUGUGUGUAAUGGAUGCAUUGUGUGUUUCUCUGUGUGUAAGGGAAGCAUGUUGUGUUUCUGUGUAUGUAUAGGGAUGCAUUGUGUGUGUGUGCGCGCGCGUAGUGUGAAAGAGCUCCCUGUCUUGGCCCCUGUCCUAUAGAGCUGCCCCUUCUGUCCCGUAGAGCUCUCCCCUGCACCUUAGUGGUCUCUCCUCUCCCCACCCUCCCCUAGCGGUCUCUUCUCACACUCACCCACCCUCCCUGUGCUCUUCUCACUCCUCCCUCUAUGUGUUCUCCUCACACCCCCUGUGUUCGUCUUACCCCCCUCCUCCCUGUGUUCUUCAUACUUCCCCCCUUGGUCGUCUUACUCCCCCACCUGUUCUUCUUAACCCCCCUUCUUCUUAUUGCUCCCCCUUCUUCUUCUUACCCCCCCUUCUUCUUCUUCCUCUUCCUCCCCCUUCUUCUUCUUACUCCCCCCAUUUCUUCAUACUCACCCUUCUUCUUACCCCCUCUUCUUCUUCUUACUCCCUUCUUCUUCUUCUUACUUCCCCCUUCUUCUUCUUCUUCUUACUUCCCCCCUUCUUCUUACUCCCUUCUUCUUCUUCUUACUUCCCCCUUCUUCUUCUUCUUCUUACUUCCCCCUUCUUCUUCUUACUUCCCCCUUCUUCUUACUCCCUCCUCCUUCUUCUUACUCUUUUUCUUACUUCCCCUCUUUUUCUUACUCCCUCCUCCUUUCUUCUUACUCCUCCUCUUUCUUUCUUUCUUACCUCCCAUCUUUUUCUAUCACCCUUCUUCUUCUUCUAAUUUCUUUUUCUUAUCUUCCUCCUUCUACUCCCUCCUCUCUUACUCUCCUCCUCUUUCUUCCCCUCCCUCUUAUUCCCUCCCCUUCUUAUUCUCCUCUUCUUAUCUUUUAUCCCUCCCUCUUCCUCCCUCCCUCCCUCUUCUUACCCCCUCCUCCUGUUUGCUGCACUGUCCGCGGUGGCCGGCCGGAGUGAUAGGAAGGUGCACACUCAGUGUGCACUUCCUGUCAGUCCGGCCGGUAACAGGAAACAGAAACUCCGCGCGGAACAGGAGUUUCUGUUUCCUGUAACCGGCCGGACUGACAGGAAGUGCACACUCAGUGUGCACCCUUCCUAUCACUCCGGCGGCUGGCCGGCCACCGCGGACCGGAGUGCAGCUCGGCCACGCUACAGGGGAGGGGAGGGGAGAAGCUGCAGCCGCCUGAGGCUCUUAACAGAGCGCUCAGGCGGCUGCAGUAUUUAAAGGGCCGGCCCGCCGCGGCCGGCCUUACAGGAAUUUAGGGCGGCCUGGGGGGCAAUUGCCUCCCUGCCCCCCGGCCCAGCCCGCCCCAGCCCGCCCCUGAGUAUCGCACAUUUGGUCGCUUCUCUCUCUCUUUUUUGUAUUUCUCUUGGAGGAACAUCAGUGAGGGAGUGGUGUGUUGCUGCCCUAAGAGCAAAAAGGUUUACCUUACGGAGCCAAUACCAUAUAGGCUCCAGACCAUGUGAGUAUUUCUAUUUAUUUACCUACCACCGAUUAUUAUCUGAGACCAUCUGCACUAUAAACUUUAUAUUUUUUGUAUUUUCCAUACGUACCGCUUGCACUUUCAAGUUUGUUGUUACACUGAAUUGAUGGGGUAAGUUUAACCCCUGCACUACCUCUAUUUUGUAUAGCGCUCCACUAAUUGGUAUACAUUGUAUACCAUACAUUUCCUGUGUCUUUAGUGCCUGUCAACCAGGCAGCCACUAGAGGGACUUCCUGCGUUUACACAGACUUUAUAACUUGAAAUUAUGCUGGACAUCCUUCCGUUUUGUAUGAGGACAUCCAGCUUCUUUAAAAUCGCCAUAGGAAAGAAUUGAUUCAAUGCUUUCCUAUGGAAAUGCCUAAAGCGUGCAGCAUGCCCAUUAGCUUUCUCUCCAUUGACAAUGUCAGAGGAGGCUGACACGCCACCGAUGACCCAAGUACUGCACCUCGGCCAUCAUAAUGUGUCAUUAAUCUGGUUUUAGAGUUAAGCUGGCUGUCCUAAUUUUGUCUAAUACAGCUCUGAUGUGUACCAGAUGCUCUUGACAUAUUGCCCUGUAGAUGGCGAUGUUAUCCUGACAGUCCACCAUGUAUUGGAAGGGGACUGGUGUGUUUUUCAUCCUGAAUUAUAAGACCUUAAAUUGGCACAGGACAAUAUGGGGUGACAAAAUCGACUUUGGGGCCGUGUCCGGUAACCCUUGCAAAGGCCUAUCGUAGUUUCCCCUAGCGAUGCGAUUAAGCAGCUUGUCUACUUGGGGCAUGGUGUAAGCAUCAGAGACUGUCUUAUCGUAGGGUCGUUGGUAAUUAACACAGAAGUGGGUGGACCCGUAACACUUCGGUAUGAGAAGCUACAGGGGAGACCCAGGGGCUGUCUGAUUCCUCUAUGACUCCUAGCUGGAGCAUCUCUUGGUUCUCUUUUUUUUUCAUAUUUUCCUUAAUCGCAUCAGGCAUGCGGUAUGCCGCUUGUCUAAUGGGAGUUUGCCCAGGAGUCUUCAUGAGAUGUAUUGCUAAGAUGGUGUAGCCUUGUCUAUUAGAAAAGACCUCUUGAUUUUCUUCUAGGAGCUGUCAAACUUGUGUCCGUUCUAGGGGGCCUUAAUCUCCCCUAACUGAACCUUUCUGGUUGACCCUGUCUGGCUACCUUCUCCUAGGAUAUUGGGUAGCGGGAGAUUGUCAUAGUCCUCGGAAGUGGGGGCACACUCUGCCACUACACUCUUCCUCUACCUUAAGCAUAUUGAUGUGGAAAUUUUUCCACCUGACCACAAUAUAGGUGGUGUUGCAUAUCUGCUCCACCACUCUGUAGGGAUCCUGCCACAUGGCCUGCAAUUUGUCUUGAAGGGUGAAUCUUUUGCCCGACCUGUAAAUUGCAGUUCUUGGUGCGACUAUACUACAAGACCCACUGGCAGCUUUGGGCCGCUUGGAGGAUUUCCUUUACCUCCUGAGUUAAGUCUUCCAAGUGGUCCCUCAGCAUCAGCACGUAUGGUAGGAUUUUAGUCCAUUGCUUGCGUUUCCCCUUCCCAAUGCUCUUGGAUGAGACCUAGUGGCCCCCUCACCGCCUCCUAUAUAAUAAUUCAAACAGGGAGAACCCUGUUGAUUUCUGCGGCACCUAGCAAUAUGCAAACAGGAGGUGAGGUAGGAGUCGCUCCCAAUCCUUGCAAACGUUAAUGAAUAUCCAAAGCAUCUGCUGCACGGUUUCAUUGAACUGUUGACAUAGGCCGUUGGUCUGAGGGUGACAGGGAAAGCUCUGAAUGGGUCUUAUUCCACAGAGCCUCCAAAGUUGGUAGGUAACCUCAGUAGUGAACUGAAUACCCAGAUCCGAUAUGAUUUCUUGAGGGAACCUGACUUGAGAGAAAACUCGCAUCAGCUACCAUUUCCCCUUGUAUAUUGGAUAACACCACUGCUUCUGUGUACCUAGUACCAUAAUCCACCAUGGUAAGAAUAUAUUUCUUUCCUGAUGGAUUCGGCUUGGCUAGGGAUCCCACAAUAUAAACUGCAACUCUGCUAAACGGUUCCUCUAUGAUGGGCAUCGAAUGUAGCUAGGCCUGGGGGCGAUAUCCUCUUUUUUUCUACUGUCUGGCAGGUAUUGCAAGUCUGACAUCCUUGGAGAUAUCUGGCCAGAAGAAACUUUGUGCUACUGGAUUUCUACUUUUGCAGAUAACAAGGUUCCAGGCCUAAGGGAAUAUGUUGCCCAAUCCUUAAUAAUUGUGCCCUAUACUUUCGGGGAACCACUAGCUGUCGCCUGAGCAUCAGCACUGUUCCUUUUCUGUCUCUUGGUAUAACAGUCCCUGAUCCCAUAUAAACCUUUCCCUAUCGAACCCUCCCUGGUCGCUUUCUGCUUUGGCACGGUAGCUGGCCAGUGAAGGAUCCUCCCUAACUUCCCUCUGGAACUCAGUCAGUGUAUCCCAUGUCAGGGAAGUCAGGUCAUUGGUCGGGGUAGGGGCAAUUGGUCUUACCUGGGCCUUGGCAGAGUGUGAGUUGGUGUUAGCUUGGUUAGCUUGCAGCCGUAUAGUGAUCGGGUAGGAUUCCUCUGCUGGAAGAUGGUGAAUGCAGAGGUAAGCUGGCCGGGGCUUACCUCUGCCUUCACCAUCUUCCACCUUGGUGGGUAAUUCCCUCAUCAUACCUACUUCCAUGAUGCCAGAUGGUGCGCAAUCCAGAUGUACUUUUGCUGUGGGGAGCUGAUAGAUGGCUCCCUCUGCUACUUGCACAAGGUUAGCCUGGUGUAAUAUACCCAUAUUUCCUCGGUGUGAGGCUCCAUGCUUCCGUAGGCUGGCCUGGAGGUAGGGGUAAUUUCAGUCUGGAUACAGAGCUGCGGCUUGGGUUGCCUUGGGAACUAGUCUGGACCUGGUUGUCCGAGGUUGUUUUAGCAGGCAGUUGUUGAUGUCCAACUUUGUUGCAUCCAUAGCAGCUUGGCCUGGUUCUAGGUGCUUGGUUAGGCAAAAAGGUCUUUGUCCGAAGUCUUAGUUGAGGUUGGGACUGUGUUCCACCUGUAGUCUUUGAGCCAUGGUAGACCCUGGGACCUGGCCUUUCAGCCCUCCUGGCAUCUUGGUGUUCAUCUGCCACCCUUGCAGCUUCUGUCAAAGUGGUAACUCUGGUGCCACAGAGUUGUAGCAUAGCUCUAAUAAUAAUAGUUGCUCCACAUCCACCACAAUGGUAGCCUGGCAGCCUUGUAUCCAGUUUAUUGGGAGUCUUUCUCCACUUUUUGAAAGUGGUAUGCUUCCAGGGUUAUAGCAUACCAUGCCAGCAGUGUCUCUUUUACUGUCAUAAUUUGUUAUACCCUCAUCUGGGAUGGCGCGGUAUGCCUCUGCUGCCUGCCAAAAUAGAUACCCAAUUGUCUGUGUCAAUCCGUGAAGGGUACCUUGCCUCUCAGAGUCCCACAGGUACCCAUUUAUGCUGCCAUCUGUCUCUAGUAAGGGCUUGAAGGUAGAGUAGGGGAUCUUCUUUCCCCCCCCCCCAUUUGAAGAUGCUGUACUCCCUUUCAGUUGCUGAAUUUCAGCUAGCCCUGUUCUCAAUCUGCUUGCUGUGAGGCGGGCCAUCACAAUAUUUCCCCAUAAACAUAUAAAAACAUAAAUAUCCUCCACAAGUCUUACAUACCUAGAGAGCUCUCCACCUUCUUUGGUGAAAAGAGCACUCUUGUCACACUCACGGUGUUGAAUCGCCGCCCGGUUACGUUUUAGCUGGCCGCGGUGGAUUUCUGCUCCGAUGAGGAGGCCCAUGCGGCUGGCCAGAGAGACCGCUAGGAGGGUUUCCCUCAUAGCGCUGUCACUUGGUGGGGUUGGAGUGCAGCACUCUUUGGGCCUGGUGCAGGGCAAGGGAAACUUUAGGGAGUGUGAACACAGCACUUAGGGAAGAAAAAUUUCCCUUUGAAGUAGCAGAACUCUGGUUCUGUCAAAUGGCUUCCCUUUGCCCAAUAGUCCAGCAGACACUGCCCAAUCCUUAAAUGGGUCGGCUUGGCGAUAUCCUGGUAGAUACCAGCUUAGGGGUCUAGUUCUGUUUGACAGGUCAACCUGUUAAGCUUGCCAGGACAAUAGUGUAUGUGUGAACAGAGCUCUUUGGGAAGAAAAAAAAAAAAAAGGUAUCUGAAGUGGUAAAUACGAUUUAUAUAUAUUUUUUUUAUAUUUCCAAAGGUUCCUUGAUUCUAAGUAUUAAAGGGAACAUUAUAAACAUUAUUUAUUACUAUUAUGUUAGAGCGUUCCUUUGAAGUAAUGACUCUCAUGCAAGUUAGGUAAGGUAAGUUAGGUAAGGUAAGAUAGGAACUUACUGUAGUGGUUAUGGUGCUUGGAACGUUCUUUUAAUUCACUAUGGCAGCACUGCACAUAACACUAACAGAACUGUGAUAACCACUUUGCAAUACUUUAACAUAUCUUGCAAACAUCACAUAAAAAAUGGCGACCUAUUUCAAACUCAAUUUCCUAUUAAUUAAAACAUGCCUGUAUACAGAUAUUAAAAGCCAUACACUUCCUUUAGUAAACAUGUUUAUAUAGAGCUCUUAUUACCCUUUGUCUUUCUGCAUGUCAUACUAUUUUGUUGUAGUUAUGUGUAUUUAAUGCACUGAAUAGUUGCAUACUCAAUUCCAAAACGAGAUUUCAGUGGUUAUUUCGGGCACAAAGUCUCCUCUGGCUGAUGUCAGGGGAGGAGUGUGGGCAGAGCCUGACCCAGCACCAAGGGACAUCGGCGCUGGAUUCAGGUAAGUCAUUGAAGGGGUUUUAACCCCUUCAGCAACAUGGGAUGGGGGGUGGGUUUGUUUUCCUGGCACUGUAGAGUUCCUUAAAGCUAAAGUUGUCCAGGUGACUAUAUCGUCCUUUUAAAUAAUUAGAGCAGAAGAAGGGGUAUAUAGAAACAUUGGUGCCUUUUCAGAAUUAAGAUUCAUUGCCACCAUUUAAAAAAUAAAUAAAAAUCUUUAAAUUAUUGAAUUGAGGUUUUUAUAGUAUAAAUCUGUCUACAAUAUGUUUGUCAGUUCACUGGGUUUGAGCUUCUGCCUCUUCAGUAGAUUUGGUAAAACAUCCACUGUGUAAAAAUAGACCUGGUUGGGUUUCGCUUUGUCCUAUUAAGACAUUUCCCUUACGUACAUUUAGGAUUGAAUUACAAUGUUCCCGCAGGAUGCAGCCUCUUUCAGAAACGUCCACAGCCCCAAUUCAACAGGGCUUUCAUUUAACAUAAAAUAUUUAGGUAUGAAACAUAAUUUACUAUGAAUAAAAUAUUAAAAAAAUGGGAGAAAAUAAUUUUGAAGUUUAUUUUAGUUCUACGUGACAUUUUAACUGUAAAUGUCAUAAUACUGUUUGCUUUUACUGCAAUAAAAUACACAUUUGUAUUCAGCGAUGUCUCACGUGUAAAACAGUACCCCCAGCGUACAGGUUUUAUGGCGUUUUGGGAAGUUACAGGGUCAGAUAUAGCAUGUUACAUUUUUCAGUUUUUUCACAUUGAAAUUCGCCAGAGUGGUUACGCUGCCUUUGAGACCGUAUGGUAGCCCAGGAAUGAGAAUUAACCCCAUGAUGAUACACCAUUUGCAAAAGUAGACAACCCAAGGUAUUACAAAUGGGGUAUGUCCAGUCUUUUUUUAGUAGCCACUUGGUCACAAACACUGGCCAAAGUUAGUGUUAAUAUUUGUGUGUAAAAAAAUACAAAAAAAACUAAUUUGAAUGCCAAUUUUGGUCAGUGUUUGUGACUAAGUGACUACUAAAAAUGACUGGACAUACCCCAUUUGCAAUACUUUGGGUUGUCUAUUAUUGCAGAUGGUAUGCCAUCAUGGGGGUAGUUUUCAUUCCUGGGCUACCAUAUGGUCUCAAAGGCGACGUAACCAAUCUGGCGAAUUUCAAUUGUGAAAAAACUGAAACGCAAGCCUUAUAUUUGACUCUGUAACCUUUGAAAACUCCAUAAAACCUGUACAUGAGGGGUACUUUUAUACUCCGGAGACUUCACUGAACACAAAUAUUAGUGUUUUAAAACAGUAAAACAUAUCACAAUUAGAUUGUCCAUAUAAGUGCCAUUUGUGUGUGAAAAAUGCAAAAAAAUUCACUUUCACUGACGAUAUCGUUGUAACACAUUUUACUGUUUUGAAACACUAAUAUUUGUGUUCAGUUAAGUCUUCUAAGUAAAACAGUACCCCCCCAUCCCCCCUCCACCCUCCACUUACAGGUUUUAUCGUGUCUUGGAAAAUUACAGGGUUAAAUAUAGUGCUAGCAAAUUAAAUUCCCUGGACUUUCUGUCUGGGUUAUCAAGCAGGUCCCGCAAAUUGUAAUUAAUAAAAUGACCUAAUUAUGUAAAAUUAUAACAUAUAUAUAUAUAUAUAUAUAUAUACACACAUACACACACACACACGUGUUUGUGUGGAUAUAUACUUAUGUAUAUAGAUACAUUAUUUCGUUCUACGAGUAUUUUGAUAUCAAUAUAUAUUAAUUUAAAAUAGAACGAAAUUACACAUAUUUUAUUUUAACGUAUUUACAUUUAUAUUUUAUAAUAUUUAGUUCUAUAUAUUUAAUCAAUUUCAUUCUACAUGUAUUUUGAUUAUAUAUUAAAAUACACUUAGACAGUGUAUGUAUGUGUAUAUAUAUAUAUAUAUAUAUAUAUAUAUAUAUAUACACACACACACACACACUAAGAUCAUAAAUAUAUAUAUGAUCUAAGUAUAUAUUUUAUUUUAAACUGUUUUUAAAUCUUUUAUUUUACAUUUUUCAGGCAGCAGGGGGAGUACCUGUCAUUACAGGCACUUCCCCUGCUGACAUUGCGGUGGACGGCUAUGCCAUCCAUGUGAUCGUGAGGUCCUUGCGAUCACAUGGCCCAGAAGCAGGGGGACUCCCUGGGAUGCCAGGUGAGUCCCCACACCUUGAUCGCUGGUGACCGGGAAAGUACAUAGGACGGCAGGGACGAGUUAUGCCGCCCCCCCCCCCCCGGCGUUUAGAGCAGGGUCCCCAAGGACAGCAUAGCACGCCCGCCGCCCUUAAGGGGUUAAGCAAAAAAAAUAAUAAUGCAGGUUUAGUUACAGUAUAUGCUCAUACACAAUGCUUCUGUCUGCCACAAUUCCAAUGUACCCCAUUCUCGACAGUUCCUACUUUAGAAACCUAAGAACUGCUUUUAUGAGAUUAAUAUACUUGAGAAAUGCUUCCUCCUGGCACUCUCUGCAGGGCAAGGUUAAAUAUGGCCCUGCAAUGAGGCCCCUGUGACCGGGAGGGAUGCAAAGCCACAGGAGUUGGCUUGGACUCCCAAAUAUAUUUAUAUAUAAAACCAAGAAGGCUGAACUUACCUAAAGAUGCAUACAUUAUAGGGUGUUGCUGGGGACACUCAUAGAACAUACAAGAUCCAGCACACUCGCUCAUUCACUAAACAGCAAAUGCAAAGCUCACAGAAUGUAAACACCUGACUAAAGUAUAUGAUAAUACAUUGCAUAAGCCUGCUGCAAUGCCAAUGUUCCACAUAUGUGUGAAAGUGUAAUAUCAAUCUCUCUAUGUAGAAUAAAUCGAUUACUAUUUUUUCAGUGAUAGUGGUAUUUGGAGUGUGUUAUGUUUAUUUCAAACAGUUACAUGUAACUUUUCUAAAAUUUAGCUCCUAUCUGUUCAUAGCCAAUGAAAAUCGUUAUGAGGGUUCCUGGAAGGGUGGGAAAAAACAUGGUCCUGGUAAAUUUUAUUAUCUAGACAAAGGCCAGCUAUAUGAAGGAAUAUGGCUUGAGGAUAUUCCAAAAUGUGGAACUAUGAUUGAUUUCACAAGCACAGAGGCUCCCUUCCCAACAAAAUAUCCCAUACCUGAGGUAAGUGAUGUCUGAGAAUUAAUAUUCAUGCUUUACUCAGAUCUUUUUCUAUACUAAUCUAGUUCCUUAACAUAAUUAUUACAUCCAUAUUCUAAAUAUGUAAUUCUCCUGACUUACCUGUUUACACCUUUACAAUACACAGGUGCACUACACAGUCUGUAACUUAUGUAACAGAAUGUAAUCAAUACUAACAUUUAGUAGUGUUGGUUAUUGUACUGAGCAAAUACUAAUAUGCUGACAGUAUAUACAUCAUUAAACAGAACUCACAUAUGUUGUACUUUUUUCAUUAAAGGACCACUCAAGGCACCCAGACCACUUCAGCUUAAUGAAGUGGUCUGGGUGCCAGGUCCAGCUAGGGUUAACCCAUUUUUUCAUAAACAUAGCAGUUUCAGAGAAACUGCUAUGUUUAUGAAUGGGUUAAGCCUUCCCCUAUUUCCUCUAGUGGCUGUCUCAUUGACAGCCACUAGAGGCGCUUGCGUGCUUCUCACUGUGAUUUUCACAGUGAGAGCACGCCAGCGUCCAUAGGAAAGCAUUAUGAAUGCUUUCCUAUGUGACCGGCUGAAUGCGCGCGCAGCUCUUGUACCAGUACCCUGGCACUGUUUGCCACCUUAUCGGUGUCAUCAUGUUUCCUCUAAUAACCAGUGUUGUACAUCACAUUUUUGCAGAACUGCACAAACUGGAUGUGCAUUCCGACAGUUGUUCAAUAACCUAUGCACAGAAUGACAUUAGCCAAUCCCGAACUCUCAUUCUGGCUUGGCUAGUGCCGUGCUAAUGAUGCCACCAAAGUUGGAGAUACAAUUCAAGCAGCAAUCAUUAAAUAUCUAUGUGUAGUGUUUCAUGGUUAAAAUGCUGCACAUGCAGAUUACAAACAUCAUGACCAAACCAACAGUGGUCAUGGUGCUUUAAGCUUGAAAGGAUCAAAAUAUGACCAGUGUAUAUGCAUAUUCCAGACGUGUAGAAACGAUAAUGCCUGCAAGCAUCUUGAUGGAAGUUGGUUGAAUUUUGUUGCAAUCUGUAUCAAAUUUAUCUACAGAAAGUAUUCUUAAGGUCUGUAUGCCAAGAAUGCGACUUCUGCUGCAUGUCACAGAGCUGGGCAGAUUUCUCCCAUUAUGGAAUUCAAUAGAUUAAACUAGAUUUCACCAUUAACUAGGCAGAGUUUUAAAAUUUUCUUUAAACACCUGACUCCAGAACCUAAUGCGCAUUAGCGGUGAGCAUCACACGCACAUUUGUUCUUCCCCAUAGGAACGCAUUAACUCAAUGCUGUUAAAGCCCAGUAUAGUAACGAUGCCCUAACUUUGUGAAGUGGCCAAAUAAAAAUACCUAUUUAAUAGAUAUAUCCCCAGUGAAAACAUGCAUGCUUUUAUUAUGCAUAUUUUCAUUGGGGUAUAUCUAAACAUAGCUUGCAAAAGCUGCAGAUCUCGUCUGAAGCUGUUGCAAGUCCUCCCAUUCUAACUCCACCCAGACUUUGUGGUAGUCCAAUCACAGACUUCACAAUGCAGCCCAAUGAGAAGUCAAUGCAAGGCAGGCACUUUGAGCCAUUUCCUGCCUCUUGGAGUUUAGCUCUACUGAACUAAACAACCAGGAAAUAACAGGACCAGUUGUCGGAUUCGCAGCUUGGAAGAUUUAUUGCAGUAAAAUAUUUUCUACACUGCAACAAAAACACAUUCUGCCCUAAUGCUAAUGCUUAAUGCUGGUCUUUGUAUCUCACAAAACUACAAACACCAAAUGUUUCCUUAGAAUCUGAUCAUCUUUCAAUAUGACAUUUGUUUUAUAUACACAAGAAGUCAGUAUUUCGGGGGUCCGCAGUUAGAAAAUGGUUUGAAAAAAGAAAAAGAAAAAAGUUGUCAAUGGCAGCAUCUGUUUCCUUUUAUCAAUACACAUAUCCGGUUUCCCUGUUGACUAAUACAAGUAGCACAAUACAAGAUAUCUUUCCAUCGCUGCAAAGCUCUACAAGCUCCAGAAUGUUCAUUAUAUUUUAUUACAAGAAACUAAUACGGGGACAGGAAGCGGUGUUUAUGUAAAUGGCUUACAUACAUUUUAUGAAAACAUUAGGUGCUUUUUUUUCACAAUUAUGCAUUUGCCAUUAUUCAAAACAUAGGAAGUACUUUACAAAGAAAAUAACCCGCACAAGAUGUAGGUGUAUAGAGAGGAAGUAUGACUAGCCUUAUGGAAGGUACUGAGUUUAUUUUGUUGCAGUAAUAUUCAGUAGGCAGCAUAAACCAGUUAAAGGGACAAUCCAGGCACAAAACAUCUUUGUCUAAAUUAAUUUGUUAUGGUCAAAGAUGGCCCCUGGUGGCACAGGCACUCUUACCUCAAGGGGUUAAACCGUUCUUGAACAGUUUGACCCCAAAACUGCCUCCAGCGGCGAUGUCCACUUCCCACAAGGCAGCAUCCAACUUCAGGAAACAUUGAGUUACGCUCAGCAGAGGCGCCGGUGAUUGACUGAGAGCGGUCAGCUGACUCUCAGACAAUCAGCAGUGCCCCUGCCCGGCGUCACUCCGCACUUCCUUAAUCUGAAAAUUCUGCAGCCAGAUGCAGCUUGAGGGGGAGUGGACAUUGCCACUGAAGGCAACUUUGGAGUUAAACUGUUCAAGAAUGGUUUAACCCCUUAAGGUAACAGUUCCUCCAGGCACCCUAACAACUUCAUUUAGACAAAGUUGUUUUAGUGCCUGGAGCGUCCCCAUAACCAGAUGUAAUUAAAACAUGGUUACCUUCAUAUGAAUUUAUCUAACUACAAAGUCUAUUAAAAGAGAUUUAAAUACGGCAAGAUGCCCACGAUUAUACAGGUUUCUGCGUAUUAAAAUGUACUACUUCGCUAGGGAGCCACUUAUGCCAAUAGACAUUAAUGAGGGAUAAAGAACAUACAGUAGAGAUUUAUUUAAUAAAGCAGGAAUUGAGGGAUAAUUGACAAAUGAAUUGCAAAUGUUAUGCCAAAAUAAUUAAAUUGAAAAACAGUCCAUCUCAGCAACUAUGGGCCGUAAAGAUACAAUUCUCUUGUCAAUUUUCCAUAAUUCAAGGUUUAGUAAAUAAGCCCCCAGCACGGUGUGACCCUUCCUGCAUUAGCAGAUAGCAUAAAGAUUUUCAUUUUACACCUUUAAAAUAAAUGUAAUUUGGCAAACAAUUGAUCUUUUCAAUCCACACUUCCUGCCUUUACAAAAUUGCAUGUCAAAGGUUGCCACGAUGUGACAUGUCUAAAUAACUUGAUCUUGUGUUUAGGUGAAACUAGAAGAUGCUAAUGGGGUUCUUGCAGAGGCUCGAAAGUCAUUCCUUGAAGAUCAAGAAUAACACACACACGUCUAUAGGAGAACCUAACAAAAAAAAAAAAAAAAUUGAGUGUAACACCAUAUGGACAAAUUCUCAAAGUGAAAAAUGUUGCCAUGGCGAGUAGAUAUUUUCAUCUGGAGGGUAUGCUAUGACUUGCAGUGGCUAGUAACAUAGAAAGCCCUGAUAGUAUAUCUUUAACUCAAUCAAUAGUAUUCACAAUUUACAAUGCUGCUGAAUGGAGCUGGAAAGGGUACUUUGUUUAGAACAUUCAUUUUGUGUUUCAGUUUAUGACAAUUGUUUUUGCAAUAAGACAACAUAUAAACCAAUUAAAUAAAUGCAUUUGUAAAGUGUUUUUACAGUAAAAAAAUAUUUUUAUAAUAAAUGAAGUAUAAUCUUACCAUUUUAUGAUCAAUCUCAAAACACAAUUAUAUAGGUAUAUAAAAGCGACACAAUUUAAUAAAAAGAAUAUAAAUCUUUAUUAUGUUGUUAGGAGACAAGUUACCUCUUCAUGGUUUCGGUGUUUAUGAUAUUGCAGUCCAAAUGUUAUGUGUUAACCCACUUGGGGAAAAAGGGAAAGCGUUUUCAGUAACGCAUGGGAGCUGAACACUCCAUUAUUUAAUUCAAAUGGUUAAAACAAAAACGAAUUAAAAAGGAAAUCCUAAAACAAUAGCAUUCUGUAUGAUCCCACAAUGCAUAGCCAAAGCAGUAACAGAAAGGAAUUCAAAGUAAUCUGUUCAUAUUAUAACCCAUUCCUGGUCAGUUUCAGUAAAAUCAAUAUGUGACUUUAGAAAAAAGUUGUUCCUUCAAUUACCAUCAUCCACUGCAAUUAUAUAGGAAAUGGAGGCAUAGCACGGCAUAUAAACUGAGAAUGUUUUGCCCUUCAAAGCAUAUUAUUUUCUUGAAUUAAGUAGAUAAAAAAAAUUCUAUCAAUGGAUAAGAUUUAACCACCCAUAUUAAAGUUAUCAGUAACACCUAGAUAUAUAUGCAAAGUUGUCUAAGCACCACAACAGCUUAUUGUGUCAGUUGACACUAUCAGCCAAUCAAUGCCAUCCAAUCUGAAUUGCAUUGACAUUGCUAGUGUACAAGUGCACAUUUUGCAUUAGCAGUCUGGCAAGCAAGGAGCCAGGACAUAGUCACCUAGCACCAUACUCACUACUAUGGAUUAUAGUGGUUUUGGCACUUAGAGUGUCUCUAAGUCUUAAAAGGCUGCAUCCAGAUUUAACUGAAGACAACUCAUUUUAUCUCAAACAGAAAGCAAAAUUAAGCUGCAAGUAAGUACAAAGUGGGAGGCACCAUUUGGUGCACAUAUUUAUAGCUAACUAAAGAUUAGUGGUGUGUUGAACACACUAUAUUACAAAAAAAAAAAAAAUGUUCAAUAGUAUAAUUUAAGGACUUCAAAGCACUUGACCUUUCUUCACAGUAUCAAAUACUUUAAAAAUGUUAUUCAAUUGUAUUUUAACCAACUCCAGCUGGUAACUGGCAGGGAGUGAAUAAAGCAAACACGGGACCAGGGACUUAAGGCACCAUGAAAAAUAUGAAAUGUACACAAAAUGUGAUCCUUUUAACAAAUAUUUUUGUAAAAUGCAUUUCAAUUCUUUAAAAGAGCACCCUGUAUUAUAUAAAAUACAAGAUAUAGCUCAGCCCCAAUUAGCUUAAAGAUGACCACAAUAACAUCACUACUUUUUAAAGUAACACUAUAGCAUUAGUAAUACACACAUGUAUUAUGAACACUAUAAUGUUCGCAUCAUGUAGAUUACUGCCUCUGCAAAACUAAAGGGCCAGUGCACCCAGGCCACUUCAGUUAGAGGGCCUGCUUGUGUAAGGAACACUUAUUUCUGACCUUAUAGUGUUAAAACGACAAUCUAGUUGGCUUGCCCUCCCUUAAAAGGUAAACAAAAACCUCUCUGCCAGAUCCAGCUCUGCCUCAGAUCUGCCUCCUUGGUUGGCAUCAUCAGAAUUGAUCAUCUCAGCCAAUUCAAUGCUUUCCAAUAGGAAAAGCAAUGGAUUGGCUGAGAUUGUCAAGAAGGUGGAGCUGUACCAAUCAGCAUCUCCUCAUAGAGAUGCAUAUAGGGAAAGUUCAGCAUCACCAUGCAGAGCAUGGAGACGCUGAAAGUCAGUGCUGCACAGUGGCAGCACUGCCCCAGGAAGCACCUCUAGUAGCCAUCUGAGUUUAUAUAUAUUUUAUUUUUUAGCAAAAGGGCUGCAAGGACUAGCUAUACUCACAAGAACAACUAUAUUAAGCUGUAGUUGUUCUGGUGACUACAGUGUCCCUUUAGGUUAAUGAGCAUCAUAACUAAUGUUCAUUGUUCAGGUCAUGAUGCAUAAUAGCCAUUCCCCUAACCAAUCCCUAUCUUCCUGCAAAGUGGUUUAAAACCACAGUGCAUUUGACUUCCUCCACUGACAUGUAUAUCUCUUCCUGUCAUGCUCCCAGAGAAAGCCAAAACUGUGCCCAUGUGCAUACAGUACAUCAGCUUGGUCAAAUGCUUUUAACAGCCCUAUUCACAAAAUAGUUAACAGGGCUGAGGAUAAAGUGGCAACAGUCACUGUGUUUGAGCUUUUAAAUUUAUUUAUAUUAAGCAGCCAACCCCCUCUUCCCAAUAAUUACAUUUAAUUUACCUUAUAUUCCCCAGUUCAACUGCCUCUGUCACUCCUUCCCUGGCUGAGAUCAUCAUUACUUCCCACAUGAAAGUGUUGGAGGGCUAGUACACAUAUGUGUAGCGAUGCAUUAACUCCAUGCAUCUAUAUGGGAAGCUGCACAGAUUGCAUGACCGGACCAGGAAGCCCAUCUAAUGGCUGUCUGAACUAGUGGUGGUCGUAGGAGGCAAUGUCAACACUGCCUGUUUUUCAGAAUAGGAAGUGUUCGCAUUUGAGAGUCUUUAAGGCCAGUCUCUGUGCACCAGAACACUUCCUAUUCUGAAGGGGGAAAAAAGGCAGUGUUAAACAUUAAGCUGGUUUUGGAACGGAGAAGACACCUUUAUCAACAUAAACUUUUUGAUAAAUAGUGGUUUAAGUGAUCAGAAAGAAAGCCAUUAAGCCAGAAUGAGAAACUUAUUUGUUGUACUCUCUUCCUGGUUCGGGAGGGAACUGUCUGCAGAUAGAGUAAUGCGACUUAACAGCAGCAAAGAUUUUAGCUAGAGUAUUUUUUUGUUUUAAUUGCAUUAUCUAUAUAAUGUACCAUAAUAGGUGAUUACAUUUCUAUCCUUUGAGUAUCCCUUUAACAUGAUGGAAAAUAUUCCAAUGCCCCCAUAAUAUUAUAUAUAAAAAUUACCAAUACAUAUAUUUGGUGUUAGUCUACUACAAACCCAAUUCUUGCUAGUCCCUUUUACAAUGUACCCUAUCUAGCCUUUGUUAUACCUUUUAAUGAUCAAAUCUAGCACUUAGGAUCCUUUUGAUGCACGAUCAAUCAACUAUAAUAAAUAAUGCAAAUCAGCAACAGAGUUGACCAGCAUUAAUAACAUAUGGCUGACAUUAUUCAAAUAGCACAGCCCAAAGACUUAUACAAAUACAAGCAGUUUAAUAUUCAAAUUCACCAUCACAGCUUGCGACCUAUGAACCACAUACAUCCCUGGGAAAUAUAUUCUUAAUCAUAAACCUAGUACAAAGAGCAGUCUGAUUGUUUAAAGAACUGUGUCGCUCACCGCAGCAUAAAAAUCAUACAGAUUAAAGUUUAAGGCCUUUUCUUAAAAGGGAAACUAUAGUAAUCAAAACAACUUUAGCUUAAUGAAACAGUUUUGGAGUAUAGAUCAUGCCUGUGAAGUCUCACUGCUCAAUCAAUUUUCUGCUAUUUAGGAGUUAAAACAUGCUGGUUUCUUCUUAUGCAGCCCUAGCCACACCUCCCUUGGUUGUAACACAGCAUACAUGGGAGGAAAAAAAAAAGUGUUUCAUUUUUAAUCAUAUGUUAAGGUUUUAACUCCUGUUCUGUAAACCGAACCCACAGGAGGCUCCUGCAAGUUCUUAACAGUUCAGGAGAUAAACAAAUUCUAAAUUAAACAGAUUGUGCAAUAAAAUAAGUGUAAACAUUGCAUCUCACUUUACAGGUGUUUAGUAAGGCUGUGAAAGUCUGACUAGGGCUGCAUAAACAAAGUGAUUUAACUCCUAUACGGCAGAGAAUUGGACAGCAAGAGUGCAGGGGCCUGACUUAUACACCAUAACUGCUACAUUAAGCUAAAGUUGUUUUGGUGACUCUAGUGUCCCUUUAACUUGAAAGGUCAGUUGAUCAGGGGUACAAUAGAUCAUUCUUACAAAGAUAUGGUUUUUUGCAUGUUAAACGGACACUAUAGUCAACAGAACAACUACAGCUUAAUGUAGUAGUUCUGGUGUCUACAGCCUGUCCCUGCAGGUUUUUUUUUUUUUAUGUAAACCCUGACUUUUUACUAGAGGAAAACCUCUAGUGGCAGUCAGACUGCCACUAGAGGAAAACCUCUAGUGGCAGUCACUCAGACUGCCACUCGAGGUGCUUCCUGAGUCAGUGCUGCACAAUGCUCUGCAUGGAAACACUGAACGCUCCCUAUAGAGAUGCAUUGAUUCAAUGCAUCUCUAUGAGAAGAUUAUGUUAAUUGGCACAGCUCUACAUGUUGCCGCACAUGCUCCAAAGCCUCCCAAUGCUUUCUUAAAUGGGAAAGCAUUGGCUGAGAUUGUCAAAUUGAAUGAUUUCAGCCGAGGAGGAGCAGGGGUGCAGCCAGCCGCAAUGAGAACCAUAAGGCAAUGGAAUAAAGGUACGUUUUAUACCUUUUUAAAAGGGAGGCAAGUGGGGUCAGCAACCUAAAAUGUGUUUUAAUACUAUUGUGUCAGGAAUACACAUUUGUAUUCCUGACCCUACAGUGUUUCCUUAAGGGAAAUAUUGUAUUCACACCUUGGAGAACAGGUAAAUACCCCAAAACAAAACAUAGAGAAGUUUGCCAUACUUAAAAAGAAUUUUAAAAAAGGUAAUACAUUUGUGCAUUGUACAAAAUAUUUUCUAUUCUAGACAUAGAUUCCCUAUAGACAACUCUAUAGUCAAGUUUGUAUUUAAAUAAUUUUAUAUGUCCGUCUUAAUACAGUGGUUUUCUGACAAUAAUAAGAUGGUAAGUCCACAUCUGUUACUUUGUGUGUUACAGAUUUUCAAAGUGAAGACAAUAUAACAUGUCAGUUUUUUUUUUUUUUUUUAAACCAAAGUUAAUGUAGCAUGCCAUCUGUAACAGAACUAGGAAUACAAGAAAGGUCUAAUAUAAACUGAUUAACAAAUAAAAUACUUCCCCUACAGUAGUGUGCGUGAAAAUAUUGUAUUCUAAAGAGAAAAAAAAAAGGAAAAUGGCACUUUUCUUCUAUAUGGUAUUCUUAUAAUCAAUGGAUGGGCCCCUCCAGUAAAAUAUUUUCUAUAAAUAGCAUGAACACGCGUGACGUCUUCACCCAGUUGUGGAAACAGAUAAGAGCUGACAGGGCAAGUCCACUAUUGGGCUGUGCAUAUUCUAAAACUCGUUGCAAGGGGUCAAGUAGUAUUCAUUAGCAGCAGUGCCCACCUCCAGCCAUACAUCAACACUGGCUUUCUGGGCUCAGAUUUCCUGGCUGACUACUCUCCUGUGUCCCACAGCUGACUCAUCUGUUCAAAUAUACAAUUUUGUUACCCAGUUUAAAAAAUAAAUAAAUUCUAUUGCUUUCUGUCUUCCCAUAGAACUGAGAAGGUUCCUAUUAAACCUCACAUGAAAAAGUUUCUGUAUAAAAAGAAGCUUUGUACGAUUAAUGCAAGCGCAAGAUAUCUUGCAGAGAGAAAGUUGUUUAUGUGAUUUAUAUUUAUUGACAGAUUCUGUCCAGCCCUAUCUAUAACCAGUAGCUAGAGACUACAUAUGUAUUACGUGUUCCCUUUUGUUAUCCACUUAUUUUCAAAAUGGUUACCACUGUUAACUGCUUUUCCUUUUUAAAUCAUUGCUUCAUUGGUAGAAUCUAAGGAUAAGUGCAAUAUGGGGAUACAAUGGCAUGUACAUAUUUUAUGCUGUACUGAGCAGCCAUAAGUUGUCUUACUGCUUCUGAAUGGCAGCUGCAAGCAUGAAUGUCAGCAUCUCAAGCAUUAUUAGCCAACAGGCAGCAGGGAGUAUAAUGUUUUACUGUGACAUGGAAGUAUUUUAACAUGUGCUGCUACCACAGAAACAAAAAAAUAAAAUGAAUGUAAGUUUAAGAAAGGCACUGCCUAUACAUUUAUAGUAUUGCAACACAUCUCAAUUUCAUAUUAAGAUUUAUUUCUGUAAAAGAGCAUUUAAAUACUACGAAAAAAAGAAAAUAAAAAAAAUGCUGAAGCAAAUUAUUUAACUUUUACCAAAGACAUUUUACACCACAAUGUUGUAUACCAAGAGCAAAAAUACUCAGUAGCAAUGAGGAACUUCGCACACAGUGGCAAAAAAAUAAAAAAACAAAGACGCUAUUGCAUUUUAGCAAACCGUGACUCUUGCAUCAGCAAAAAUGUAGACAAAAAUUUGCCUCAAUGUAUUUUUCUUCUAAAGGAAGAGUAUUGUUGCUUUCCACUUUUAUGGUCAACGGGUAAAUUUUUAAAUAAGCAUGCUUUUAGCAUGCCCCGACAAUUGACAAUUUAAGUGUUUAAACCAUUAACAACCAACAUGUAAGUUUCCUGCUGUUUAACUACAAGUUCAAUGAUCCUCACCUAGCAGUAGAUAUAUGCUAAGAAUUAUGAAAAGUGCAGCUUAAAAACUUGAGAGCUAUCUGUUAGCUACGCUGGCUUUAGCUAUAAAUGGUCAUAUGCAUGUUGAAUAUACAGCAAGAGGGAAAAUGUAACAGUUCAUGGAGAAACAAUGCAACACCAAUGGUGCGUUAAAGGCACUUCCAACAUCAAAAUAAACUUAAGAGGAAUAUACAUUUCAGUUCUGCCAAUAUAAAUAAAAGUAGUAAAAAAAAAGCAAAUUGCUAGUAAUUGUGGAUCUUGCAUGUGGAGACACACACUAUAUUCAGCAUUCAAAGCAAUCCAGUGACUCACACUUAUGUAAUAUCAGCAUGCAUUGCAAGUAAGAAAAAAAGGGAGGGGGGAGGGGGAAAAAAAUAUCACUCUUUAUAGAUGCAUCUUGUUCUGCAUGCAACAGAGAGCCUCCUGGGAAUUGCGACAUGCAAAGUCAUAUAAUGUUUGCCUUUUCACAGAGGAGUUCUAACAGGAACAGUAGUUUUGUGAUUAACAAUAAAAUAAAAUCUGCAGUAACAUUUCACACUUCAAACAUAGUUAAACAAUUUAGUUUAGCACUGGUCCCCAACCUGCAAUUUCUACUAAGAACAGAUUAUGGGUAAAUAUUUCCAUGUGGUUUAUUUACAAGGGUAGUGUGGUGCACACAGCCUUAAAACCAUGGUGGCUUGUACUCUACAGUAGAAUAAUCUUUGGCAAAUUGGAAGUGUAUAAAUAUACAAAUUUUCUUUUAUACUCUGAAUAUUUAAGAGCUAAAUAUCGCCUUCUUCAUUGUAUUAAACAUUGAUUA